CGCCGCCUGCUGGGGCUGGUAGUUCUCGCUCGGCCCCUCGGCCCGGCCUGGCCCAGCGCGGCGCUGGGCUGCCUGGCCGCCGCUCGGCUCGUCCCGUCCCCGGGCGUGAGGCAGCUGGACUGGAGGGGUUAGCGGGCAGGCGGCGGGUGAGUGGGGCCACGGGGCCGGGGCCGCCAGUGGGCGGGUCUCCUGGCGACGGGAUUCAGCUCCGAGGCGCCCGGGGGCACAGGGACCAGCGCCAGGCUUACAUGGCAAACAUCAAGACUUUUUGAAGACAUUUAGGAGCAGUUGAUGCCAGCUGUAUUUGUAACCAUGUAGGUAUCACUGACGUGGCAGAGGUAGAAGCGCUUAGCGCCAGGGUGAAUCUCGCACGCUUGUGCUGAACAGCCUGCUCCAGGAUCUUUAGAAAAAUAAUGUGUCUUCUGUACUGAAGAUGUCCCAAGCACAUCUUGUGGUUGACCUUUGCCUAUGCUGACUUCUAACCUUCCAGCGCCAUGGAUUCCUCUGGGCCAGCGCUCAUCUGACCUUGAGCAGCUUCAGGGAACCCAGAAGUUCAAAGAAGUUAUUGCCUUGAGUCUGUGAACUGGAUGAUUGCUGAAGCCUUUUACUUUUGUAGAAUCUACUGGUUAGCUCCUUAGCAAAGAAGCAGCCUACUAAAGCAGAUAUACCUGUUCAACUGUGAAGGUGCGGAUCAUGGGAGAACAGCUGUUAAACAACAGCAUCCUUGAUCAAUUUAUUAAUAGCCAUGAGCAGUCAUAUGAAGAGUUUCUAAAUGCAUUCACUUAUCUUUUGAAAGAGGAAGAGGGGAAAACAAUUCAAGGAAAUAAAGUGGACUCCCUAAGAAAAACAUUUUCUACUUCUGAAUUAUCAAACAGAAAUAAACAGGAUGGCUCACCUGGAAGAAGCAAAGAAAUGCGGGUGUCUCUUCCACCACAGAUGCCAAAUGAGAAUGAGACAGUGAUGAAUGAGAGCUGGAAAGCUGGUGGCUCUGAUGGAAAUGAUCUCAGUCUAUCUGAAAGAGUGAAGGUGGACAAGUUCUCAGGUUUGGAAGAUACAGACACGGAUGAAGAGACAUGCAGUGCAGGGUCAUUAGUUCUCCCAGGAGAGGCGGAAGAGGCAGUGACUUAUUGUACGCCCUUUUUUGAUAAGCCUAUUCAAUUGAAGUUCAGAACCUUGUCAGUUCCACAGCCAUCAGACAGCAAAGCCCAAGAGGUUUUAGACAUAAAUAUGUUCCUGGAUUUCGGUAUUGACAGCGCAGCAAACGUGACCUCCCACAGGCCACUGAAAAUUGAAACGACAUUCACUCCAUGGUUGAAGAGGAGGCUGUGGGGAACCAUAUCGUUGUUACCCAGUUGCUGGUACCCUUACUGGUAUGGACUUUUAGGAGGCUUUACCUGUGGAAAAGAUGAAACUGGACAUGAAUAUGGAGAGGAGGUCUGCAUCGAGGAUGACUUAUAUGCUCCAGCAUCUAUUGAAGCCAAUCUACUAGGGGAUGAUGUUCAACCAUUCUCACUUGAUGAAGAAUUUGAUUAUGACAAUGUGGCACUGACCCCUAAGUUCUCUGAAGCUGAGCUGAAGGCCAUUAUAAAAUUGUCUAAAGAGAAGAAAAUGGGGACAGAUGUCAAGUCAGCAUGAGUUGAAGACUGAGUCAAAGGCAUUCUGUGCAGUGCUGUUGAAAUAACAUUUUUAGGGGGUAGAUCUAGCUCUUCAUUGUACCCUUAUUUAGUGUUUUUAUCUAUGUCGCCAGUAAAUCCUUGAGAUUUUUUUGUUCGUUCUACUAAGAUGCCUUGGAGCCUGAGAUUGCCUUUCCCUGUACCGCCUCCUAGUCCGAAUGAAAACUCAGAAUAGGAAGAUGGUGCUUGCCCAGAGUUGCUUGUAUAGUAGCCCUUCAGCCAGAGAGGAAGCAUUUCCAUCCUUUUUAUAUGUCUGUACGCUGAUUUGCUUAGGCAAUUCAGAUUGGCUAAGGAGGUCUGUAUUUGUCCCUAAACCCAAUGGGAUUUUUGUAUAGAUUAGUGACCUCAAAUAUUUUUAGGACCCAGUGCUCAGCUACUUUGUUGUUUUCCAGGUGGUACAAGGCAGUUGGAAGGAUGUCUCAAAUGACAGCCAAAAAUUCCCUUUUGUAGAAACGUUCUUGAGUGCAGUGGAUCCUGUAUGGACUCAGGCUAGGUAUGCUGGAGUAAUUGCUCCGUAGGACUAAAACAAGAUGUUUGAAUUCAGAAUAGCAAUAUAGCACUUUGGCUUAUAUUUGGUACUGACUCAGUUCCUGACUGGUGCAAAGCUAGUCCUAAAGCUGCCUUUUACCUCAUUCUUUCAGUAAUGCAAAUAAGAGCUUUUUGCAGCUGACAAAUCAGUCUAUAAAAUCUUUCCCUAUCAUUAUAAGACUUAAAUAUAAAAAGUUAUAUGAGUGAAUAAUCUGGGAAUGUUGGAUUUUUUUCUCUGUCUUUUGGGUUACUGCAGUUCUGCAGAGAAAUAAAUAUUCCUGUUUCAAAUAAACUUUUUGAGUUGAUCAAAA